AUGUCGUGGAAAGUCACGGGCUUUACGAAAGUGUUCAUUGCAUCGCUUUUUCUAGACUUUCCGGCGUACAGCUUCUCAGAGGUUCCAGGAAAAGAAGACACUGGCAGGGACUACCGAGGCUCCAGGGUCUUUAACGGUUUGGAAUGGAAUGCCAAACUCGACGGCUGUGCGCAACAUAUCUUAAUCUUCACGUUGGUCCGCGAGGGUGCAGAGUCUGUCACGGUCGUUCUUCCGAUCCGUCUCACGGAUCUGGGAAACGCCGCCCGCCUGCCAUCGCCUGCCUGCUGCCUGCCUGUCUGCCUGGGCCAGGCUCCUCUACACCUGCUCAGCUGAUUAUCCUACUUCCGGAAGAGCAAGUUCAGAACGCAUGACCCCACCGUGCAGAACCUCGAUUUAUCAUUUCUGUCCUCGGGCCGAGACAGUUCAGAGUCCCGCCUCCAAGUCUGUGCCGUGCUGGGCCAUGCCUGGCUCUGUAAGACAGGGCAAGCCUUAACGCCGACAGAAUAUUCCGGCCCUCUGUUCUCGUAGCCAGGGUGGGUAGCAGAGUUUUGGCCUAUCGUAAUAAAACCCCGUUAGCGAUCUCCGGAACUUUUUUUGGCCUAAUUUGUGGAUGUUCGCACGAGUUUUGGUGUGUGACACCUUCAGAACCUUCUUUAUGGCUACGGAACUGAAAUGAUAAACAAUUGUGAGAUCCCCAACAGAGCCAUCCCCUUGACAGCUAGAGGAGUCUGCCGAAAGACUAGAGGCUAGGUUAUACGCAUCCAAAGCAAGUCUCCCGUGCAGGUUUUUAUGAAAUUCCCGUGAGCCUACCUAGAGCUUUCCCGAUAUAUGAAACCCGCGAUUCUGCCGGUACUUCGUGUGUUGAUUGUGACUGUCAGAUGCCGCUCUUUCGGACCAUCCGAGUAGAAAUCUCUCAUCGGCAGUCUAACAACUACGACAGGGGUCUCUCCGCCUCCGAGGAGGAUUGUGAACAGCGAGGAGCACCCGGUCUUCGUUGGAUCCAUUUUACCCUUCGAGGAAAAUAGUACGCAAGGUUUUGACUUCCAUCCGGGACUCAGAUUCUCCGAUCGAGUAACAGAGCAAAAAGUAUGGGAAGAUUUCAUCGACAGACUCAGGUCGCUAAGUUGGGAGUGGAUGGCGAUGGGCGGGCCCUGGGUAGAAAAAUUGGCCUCAUCCAUCCACGGUAAUCUCAUCACCUAAUUAUCACAAUUUUCAGCUGGCACACGAUGAGAAGAUCGUUCGGUUUAUCAUUUCUCUGGCAAGCACUCAAGAGAGUACGGCUUUGUGCUCUGCAUUGAAGUGCGCCAUGACCAAAGUCUCCGAUCCUCGCUACUCGCCCGCCCGCCCG